UUCUUUACCUUUGCCCCCCACCCCCUUUUUAAAGGGAAAUUCCCUCGUUUUUCAUCAAACCCUUUAAAGGGUCUGCCUUCUCAGGGUGCCUCAUUUACACAGGGAAAACGCCAAAGGAGACAAAGUGUAUGGAGGUGAAAAAGACCAGUCUAACUUUCACUUGGCGGUCACUGCGGCUGGGGCUGGGAUGGCGUCGGGAAAGGUCUGGGCUCUUGCAGAUGUCAGCUUCUUGACACCUCUGCUCUCUUGGUUGUUUCUGUGGAAGGAGUCUUGUGCUGACAUUGGUGGGAUGGCUGAAGCUAGUAGGCAGGGUUUCUUCUGGGUUUUGCUUGGAAGUAGUUCUGAGAUCCUGGGCAAGACUUAUCCCCUGGAGCCUCACUGGCCUCCCAGUAAAUGGGGCCUGUUAAUAAGGAUCAGACACAAUAAUGGAUGAGAAACAGCUGAGUGGUCUGUGAAAAACAAAUCAAAUGCUAGUGGUGCUCCCACACCUGCAGCAUCUAGUGGGCGCCCACACCCACCAUGACCUAUAUACUCACUGUUUUGGGGUGUUCCUAAGAUAAAGCUAGCUUGGAAAGGAGUGGACUUAAUAAAGACAGGGGCCUUAGUGUAUGUGCAUUAUUUGGUCAAGUCAGGCCUAGAGGUUUACAGUGGAAAGUGCCCAGCCUACAGCCUGACUGACAGUGCACCCAGGGGGAUUGUUUUGUUUGUUUGUUUCAUUCCGCAUCAGGAGUGAGUCAUUGCCACUUAUCAAGGUGAAAUGGCAAAUCUGCACUUCCUGUGGUUCCUAGAGUCUGGAAAUCCACAAGCGAGAGGGUGGUUUAAGCUGGUUAAAAGACAGCCUUAAGUAUUCCAGAGUUGUUGAGGGAUCUCUUCCAUAGGGCAAGAGGAGAAGGUUUAUAAAUAAACCUCACAUGUGUCUGCAGCAUUCCUUUUCUAAGGAGACAAUCAUUGAACUUUGGUUAGGACCUAUUCCAUGUAUCUCUCUUUGCCAAUUCAAGUUCGGAUGGGGAGAGGAGGAAAUAGGUUCUUUUGUCUUUUUCUAUCAUCUCCCUUCCCCCAUUUCCUUCCCUGCCUCCACUCACUCACAUGCACACAUUAACCUUGAAGCUGAUGAGAUUGAGUGACUGGCACUUGGGACCACAGAGAAAUGUCAGAGUAUUUGGUUACAGACUCAAGGAAACCUCUCAUUUUAGAGUGCUCAUUUGGUUUUAAGCAAAAUUUUGGACUGUGAUUCAAGGCACUGGGUGAAGAAAAAAUGGCCUCGCCGGCUGACAGCUGUAUCCAGUUCACCCGCCAUGCCAGUGACGUUCUUCUCAACCUUAAUCGCCUCCGUAGCCGUGACAUCUUGACUGAUGUGGUUAUAGUGGUGAGCCGGGAGCAGUUCAGAGCCCAUAAGACAGUCCUCAUGGCCUGCAGUGGCCUGUUCUACAGCAUCUUCACAGACCAGUUGAAAUGCAACCUCAGUGUGAUCAAUCUGGAUCCUGAGAUCAACCCAGAGGGGUUCUGCAUCCUCCUGGACUUCAUGUACACAUCUCGGCUCAAUCUGCGGGAGGGCAACAUCAUGGCCGUGAUGGCCACAGCUAUGUACCUUCAGAUGGAGCAUGUUGUGGACACUUGCCGGAAGUUCAUCAAGGCCAGUGAAGCAGAGAUGGUUCCUGCCAUCAAGCCUCCCCGUGAAGACUUCCUCAACAGCCGCAUGCUGAUGCCCCAGGACAUCAUGGCCUAUCGGGGCCGGGAGGUGGUGGAGAACAGCCUGCCGCUGAGGAACGCCCCCGGGUGUGAGAGCAGAGCCUUUGCCCCCAGCUUGUACAAUGGCCUGUCCACACCACCAGCCUCAUACCCUGUGUACGGCCACCUUCCAGUCAGCAGCUUCCUCUUCUCUGAUGAGGAGCUCCGGGAUGCCCGGAUGCCUAUAGCCAACCCCUUCCCCAAGGAUCGGGCCCUCCCCUGCGACAGUGCCAGGCCAGUGCCCAGUGAGUACAGUCGGCCGGCCAUGGAGAUCUCCCCCGGCGUGUGCCACAGCACCAUCUACUCGCCCAAGGAGGUGGCUCCUGAGGAGGCGCGGAGUGACAUGCACUACAGUGUGGCCGAGGGCCCCAAGCCUGCUGCGCCCUCAGCCCGGAGUGCCCCAUACUUCCCCUGUGACAAGGCCGGCAAGGAGGAAGAGAGGCCCUCCUCGGAGGAUGAGAUUGCCCUGCAUUUCGAGCCCCCCAAUGCACCCCUGAACAGGAAAGGUCUGGUUAGCCCACAGAGUCCCCAGAAGUCUGACUGCCAGCCCAACUCACCCACGGAGUCCUGUAGCAGCAAGAACGCCUGCAUCCUCCAGACCUCUGGGUCCCCGCCGGCCAAAAGCCCCACCGACCCCAAAGCCUGCAACUGGAAGAAGUACAAGUUCAUCGUGCUCAACAGUCUCAACCAGAAUGCCAAACCGGAGGGGCCUGAGCAGGCAGAGCUGGGCCGCCUUUCCCCUCGAGCCUAUGCUGCCCCAUCAGCCUGCCAGCCACCCAUGGAGCCUGAUACCCUUGACCUCCAGUCCCCAACUAAGCUCAGCACCAGUGGGGAGGACUCCACCAUCCCCCAGGCCAGCCGGCUCAACAACAUCGUCAACAGGUCCCUGACUGGCUCCCCCCGAAGCAGCAGUGAGAGCCACUCACCACUCUACCUGCACCCCCCCAAGUGCACAUCCUGCGGCUCGCAGUCCCCGCAGCACGCGGAGAUGUGCCUGCAUGCCACGGGCCCCACGUUCCCCGAGGAGCUGGGAGAGACCCAGUCUGAGUACUCAGAUUCCAGCUGCGAGAAUGGGGCCUUCUUCUGCAAUGAGUGUGACUGCCGCUUUUCUGAGGAGGCUUCCCUCAAGAGGCACACGCUGCAGACCCACAGUGACAAACCCUACAAGUGUGACCGCUGCCAGGCCUCCUUCCGCUACAAGGGCAACCUCGCCAGCCACAAGACCGUCCACACGGGUGAGAAACCCUAUCGUUGUAACAUUUGCGGGGCCCAGUUCAACCGACCGGCCAACCUGAAAACCCACACCCGAAUUCACUCUGGAGAGAAGCCCUACAAAUGCGAAACAUGCGGAGCCAGAUUUGUCCAGGUGGCCCACCUCCGUGCCCAUGUGCUCAUCCACACUGGUGAGAAGCCCUAUCCCUGUGAAAUCUGUGGCACCCGAUUCCGGCACCUUCAGACUCUGAAGAGCCACCUGCGAAUCCACACAGGAGAGAAACCUUACCAUUGUGAGAAGUGUAACCUGCAUUUCCGCCACAAAAGUCAGCUGCGUCUUCACUUGCGCCAGAAGCAUGGCGCCAUCACCAACACCAAGGUGCAAUACCGCGUGUCAGCCACUGACCUGCCCCCGGAGCUCCCCAAAGCCUGCUGAAGCAUGGAGUGUUGAUGCUUUCCAUUCGAGCCCCUUUUCGGAAUCUACCCAAAGGAUACUGUAACACUUUACAAUGUUCAUCCCAUGAUGUAGUGCCUCUUUCAUCCACUAGUACAAAUCAUAGCUGGCGGGGGCGGGGUGGGGGGAGGGGCGGGGGACGGGGCGCCAAGGCAGCUCCCCUUCCCCCACUGCCGUAAAACUUUAAGAAAAUAAUAUUGCUUCUUCUCCUAUGUGUACGGCAAACCAUGUCAGCAAAAAGCAAAAUCAUUUUAUAUAUCAAAGCGGGGGGAGUACGCAAACGUUCUGACUUGACUUAGUCUGCAAAAUGAGGAAUGUAUAUGUUUUGUGGGAUCAGAUGUUUCUUUUGUAUGUAAAUGUGCAUUCUUUUAAAAGAAGAGACUUCGGUAUGUUAUCAAAGAGAGGGCUUUAAUUUUUUUAACCAAAGGUGAAGGAAUAUAUGGCAGAGUUGUAAAUAUAUAAAUAUAUAUAUAUAUAUAAUAAAUAUAUAUAAACCUAAAAAAGAUAUAUUAAAAAUAUAAAACUGCGUUAAAGGCUCGAUUUUGUAUCUGCAGGCAGACACGGAUCUGAGAAUCUUUAUUGAGAAAGAGCACUUAAAAGACUAUUUUAAGUAUUGCAUCUGUAUAAGUAAGAAAAUAUUUUGUCUAAAAUGCCUCAGUGUAUUUGUAUUUUUUUGCAAGUGAAGGUUUACAAUUUACAAAGUGUGUAUUAAAACAAACAAACAAAAAGAACAAAAAAAAAAAAGCUUCAGAAGGAAAAAACGUGUAGUUUUGUUCUAGUUUUCGGUUUGUAUAUACCUGUACAAUGUGUCCUACGGUGCCUUUUUUCAUGGAAGUUUUCAACAGGGGACGACUGCACCAUCCCUUUUGGAAGUGUAGGCAGACACAGGGACUUGGAGUUGUCACUAACUAAGCUCUUUUUGGGAAUGUUUGUCUCAUCACAUUCUGCGUCAUGCUUGUGUUAUAACUACUCCGGAGACAGGGUUUGGCUGUGUCUAAACUGCAUUACCGCGUUGUAAAAUAUAGCUGUACAAAUACAAGAAUAAAAUGUUGAAAAGUCAA